UCCAUCUCUAGCGCGAGUGCUGGGAGAACAUCGAUGAAAACAUCGAAAGUGCAAUAUUUUGAUAUUUGGGUCAACUUAAACUUUAGACACAAUGUUUUUGCAUAACACAAAACUGUACGGACUGGCUAGAAACCUUGCGACCGGCGUGCGGCACCUGAGCGGCCAGAAACCGAAGACUGCCAUAUUAAUGCUCAACAUGGGUGGCCCCACGCAUACGGACCAGGUGCACGACUAUCUAUUCCGCAUCAUGACGGAUAGAGACAUGAUCCAGCUGCCGGUGCAGAGUCGCCUGGGUCCUUGGAUCGCACAGCGCAGAACGCCCGAGGUGCAGAAAAAGUACAAGGAGAUCGGCGGCGGAUCACCCAUCCUCAAGUGGACCGAGCUGCAGGGCCAGCUCAUGUGCGAGCAGCUGGACAGGAUCUCCCCGGAGACGGGGCCGCACAAGCACUACGUGGGCUUCCGCUACGUCAAUCCGCUCACGGAGGACACGCUGGCUGAGAUCGAAAACGACAAACCAGAGCGCAUUGUCCUUUUCUCGCAGUACCCACAGUACAGCUGCGCCACUUCCGGAUCCAGCUUUAACUCCAUCUUUACUCACUACCGGAGCAAUAACCUGCCCUCGAACAUCAAGUGGAGCAUCAUCGACCGGUGGGGCACCCAUCCACUCCUGAUCAAGACCUUUGCCCAGCGAAUUCGCGAUGAACUGGCCAAGUUUGUGGAGACAAAGCGCAACGAUGUGGUAAUCCUCUUCACCGCCCAUUCCCUUCCACUGAAAGCUGUGAGCCGGGGCGACGCGUAUCCUUCGGAAAUCGGGGCCAGCGUGCACAUGGUGAUGCAGGAGCUGGGUCAGAGUAAUCCCUACAGUCUGGCCUGGCAAUCAAAAGUUGGCCCGCUGCCGUGGCUGGCACCAGCCACCGAUGAUGCCAUCAAAGGCUAUGUUAAGCAAGGCCUGAAGAACUUCAUUUUGGUGCCCAUCGCCUUUGUUAACGAACACAUCGAGACGCUGCACGAGCUGGAUAUCGAGUACUGCGACGAACUGGCCAAGGAGGUGGGCGUGGAGGAGAUCCGACGGGCAGCCGCCCCCAACGACCACCCGCUGUUCAUUGACGCCCUAAGUAACAUUGUGGCGGAUCACCUAAAGUCCGAGCAGUCAGUCAACCCCAAGUUUCUGAUGCGUUGCCCCAUGUGCUCCAACCAAAAGUGCCGGGAAAGUAAGAGCUGGUACCGUCAGCUGUGUUCAAACUGAGAUCUGGAUGUACUGCGUGACAGGCAUUUCAAGUGCUUCAGCUGGGAGCCAACACUUAUGCAUUCAUAUGGGGUUAUGGGGGAUUGGUUUUCACACACACUGGCUUUGCUUUCCGCUGGCAAUAAAGCAUAUAUGUAAAAUA